AUGGCCAACCCUAAGACUGCUGAAUUCCAGAACAAAUCCAAGGCUGAGCUCGAGGAAGAACUCCAGAGCCUCAAGGAGGAGCUUAACAAGCUUCGCGUCCAGCACGCUUCUAACAGCAACGUCAAGUCUUCCAAGUUGAACGAUGUCCGAAAGUCGAUUGCUCGCAUCUUGACCAUCAUCCACAACACUCAGCGUGAGCAGCUCGCCGAGUUGUACAAGGGCAAGAAGUACGUCCCCAAGGAUCUUAGAGCCAAGCAAACCAGAGCCAUUAGACAAAGACUCACUGCUUCCCAGCUCAAUGCUAAGACUCCUGCUCAGCUUAAGAAGGCUGCCGCUUUCCCCCAGAGAAAGUUUGCCAUCAAGGCCUAA